AUGUUGCAGCCCCUGCCCGCUCCCCUGCUGCGGCUCACGGUCCUGCUGGUCGCCGCGGCGCAGGGGCAGGGGCGGGUCCAGAGGGAGGCCCCGGACGAGGACGGGGCGCCGGCCGCUCCGCGCCUCGCCCCUCGCUAUGACUUCUCGAGGUACUUCGGCUCGGACCCCGGAGGCGGCCUCGGGGCGGGGCUCGGCGGCAGGGCCAAGGCGGCCGCCUCUGAGCAGCAGGAGGACGGCGGGGAAGGUUUUGUGGACGCCGUCGACUUCAAGUCCUUCUUCGGUGGCAGCGGCUUUGGCGGGCAGCAGAAAAAGCAGCCGUUCUUCGGCGCCAGCGCCCAGUCCGGUUCACGACUGCCCUUCGGCUCCUUCGGCGCGGUGGCGGCGGCGUCCUCGGACGAGCAGGACGACUUCAGCGAGCUCGCCAAGGCCAAGCGUGGCGUGGGCGGCGGCCCCGCCGGCGCCUCCGGUAGGACGCGUGACGGUGCCGACGAGGACUUCUUCCACUUCGACUUCCCCGAGGGUGGCGGCGACAAGGCCGCCGACCUCCACGACGAGGACGCCGAGGACAAAGACGAGGCGGACGAUGACGACCGGUCACCCGGUUUCUCGGCGGGGGCAGCGCACACCAGGACGCAGCCGCUGAAGCAGGCCGGCAACUCGAGGUACCCGUCCUACUCCUCCUACUACCACACGCAGCCCGAGCAGCUGCGCGCUGCCGGCGGCGUCCAGGACCACGACGCGCUCGAGCAGGACGACGAGUUUGGCUUCGACGAGGACGAGCGUGGGGACGUCCGCGAGCCCUCGCGAGGCUCCGGCUCCGGCUCCACCAGCACGGCCAGCGCCGAGGCCUACGACAGCCGCCCGUUCCAAGACGCGCGCGGCGCGGGCAGCAGCAAGCUGGGCGGGCUCUCGUCGGGCUCCUCGGGGCCCGCCAGGUUCAACCUCCAGGGCGGCUUCGUGCCCUCCCCGGUCGACCCGCUGCGCACGCAGGCCACGCAGGCCGCGCAUUCCUCCAAGGCCGCCAGCCACGCCGCCGUGCACGCCGCCGUCAAGGCCGCGCACCGCGCCGCCGCUAGCCACGGCAAGCCGGGCGCGGGCGCGGGGGCGGCGCUCUCGCUGGGGGCGGCCGACGGCGGCCUCGGCAGCAGGUCGCCCUACGUGCGCCGCACCCGCGAGGAGCCCGACGACGCCUUCUUCGAGUCCUUCACGGAUGGCGACGACCGCGAGGACCGCGAGGCCGACGACUACAAGUUCAGCCCGGAGCACUUCGAGGAGGAGGAUGACGGCAACGCGCAGCAGGCCACCGAGGCCGAGGGCGACGACGAGGGCGGGCAGAGCGCGGCGGCCAGCGCCGGCCGCUGCAAGAAGGUGGUGAAGAAGGGCGCGGUGUGCACGGUGUGUGCGGACCCCAAGACGGGCGGCAACUACGAGCAGUGCCAGUACGCCACGGAGCCCGAGACGCAGUCCUACUCGUUCGGCCGGUCCUCGUCGUACGGCAACCCGCGCCCCAAGAGCAGGCGGCGCCGGCGGCGCGAGGAAGGCCGGCAACAGCAGGACUCGUCGCAGGACACGUCGCAGGACUCAUCGCAGGACACGUCGCAGGACGCCCAGGAUGUGCAACAGCAGGAGACGGCGCAACAGAAGGACGCGGGCGCUGAAGGGAAUAUUGACGCGUUCGGAGAGGCGCUGAAGGACAGUCACGAGAAGGACCACGAGCAGAUCGAGAAAGAGCUAGACAGCUCGCUGGAGCAGCUCCAGGGCCCGAAGUACGAAGACUACUUUAGCUUCCUCUUCCCCGAGCUCUCCAAGGAAAAGAGCCAGGAAAAAAGCAAGGACGACAAGAAAAAGAAGAGCAAGAAUAAGAAGAACAGUAAGAAGGCGAAGAAGAAGAAGGCGGACGAAGAACAGGACAGCGAGGAGGUGAGUAGCCUGCUGUCGCGUCUGGAGGACGACGGGGACCCCUUCACGGCCGAGACCACAUCCGGCUUGUCGGGCUCGGGGCCGGGGACAGGCGCCUCCGAGGACCUGUGGCUCGGGCCGCCCGAGAGCUUGGGGCCGCCCGGCAAGGGGCUGCAGGGUGUGGGCGUCGUGCCCAAGAAGGACCUGGAGAGGAUGCUGGGGGAGUUCCAGCAGAAGGACCGGUCAGACUGCACCAAGGUGGAGAAGGACAAGAUGACGUGCUACCAGUGCGUGGACAAGAAGGGCAUGCAGCAUGAGGAGUGCAUGUUCGUUGCCGCGUCCGAGCCCAAGCAGAGGCACCUCGCCUACCACCAGUCGUCAGCCUUCAAGGCACCCGGCCCACCACCUGCGCCGAAGGGCAAGUCAGCUGCCCUGACCGCCAGCACGACUGCGGCCCCGGGGCGCGCUGCGUCCGCUGCCCCCACGCAACGCGCGGCCGCCUCCAACGCCGCCCCCAAGUCUGCCCCCACCCCCACCCCCAGCACCACCUCCACAAAGAGCGGCGCCAAGUCGAGACAGCAGCGCGCGGCCGAGCAGGCCAAGGAGGAGCCUGCGGAGGAGGGCGACGACGGCGAAGACGACAAGGAAGACCUCCAGGAAGUGGACGACGAGGGAGAUGACGAUCCAGAGGGGCCCCAGGGCUUGGGGCAGGGGCCCGAUGACGGCAUGUUUACAGAGGAGACCAAACCGGUGUUCGAUCGGGCUCUGCGGAUGUCCCUGCCAAAGUACAUGCUAGAGAGAAGCGAACACGAGAGGGUCUUCGACGAAACGCUUGCGGCAGGGGUAUAGUCCAAAGGUCACAUGGUAUUUUGUUUGUUGUUUACUCAGUGAGACUGAUUUAUUAGAGCCAAUUAUUGUUAUUGUAACUUUUUGUGAUUGAGAGCACCUAACUCGAAUCUUUCCCUUUCUUUGUGAUAUGUUUUCUUAAUUUAAAAUAUUUCUUAGAGGCAAUUUAAGAUGGGGGAGUAUCUUCAGGUCAUGGAUGAACCUCUAGGCCCUCUGAUCUCGACAAGUUUUUGGACUGCACCUGCCUUCCCCUUUUUAUCGUUAUUUCCGUUUUCUCAGUUUAUUGUUGAACUUUGUGUUCAAUGUUGUUGAUAUUGUAAAAGUUUUUGUUUAUAAUAAAAUGUGAGAAAAAUUAUGA